AUGACAUCGCUCGCAACGACAGCCUUGGUGCUGCCGCUUGGCACGCUCGCCUUGGUGCUGCCACCAUUGCUACAGCUCGAAGUCUCCGAGCUCCACUACGCUCAUGGUCCGAUGUGGCCCCCAUUCCGAUGGCUUUCCGAGCUCUUCCUUUCCUCGCGACCAUCCAGGCUCACGACGAUACUCGAUCUGUUAGUACCCUUCAAGCAUCGGCAAACAAUCCUGUACUACGAUGAUGCAUUCCCUGGCCUGUUUGCGGCGACAGGACUCUCGUUGAUAGGCUACUGGGUGACCAGCAUGGCCAUCGCUAAGACCAAGGACGUCUUCUUCGCCCGCGGAUUCAAAGGUCGAGAUCUGCUCAAGAACAAGCCAGAGCCGAUUCCCGAGAGUCUCGGUCUGCCGACAGCAGCAGUGUAUAUGGCGUUGCUCUUCCUCUUCACCCCUUUCCGCUACUUCUCCUCUCGGUUGCAAGGGGUUGUCAAGACGGGCGACGACUGGGAAGGCCGUAUGGACGGCAGAGGUGGAUUCCCGCAUCACGAGCUGGCGAGCUUCCUUUCGGCACAGCUCUCCUUCCUGUCAGCGAUCGUGCUCGGAUUCCUCGACGACGUCUUCGACAUUCGAUGGAGGUACAAGCUGCCCAUUCCGAUCAUCUCGAGCAUCCCUCUGCUGAUGGUGUACUACGCAGGCGGUGGAGGCACCUCGGUUGUGGUCCCUGGCUGGCCUGGGUUCCUGCGUCAGUGGAUCGGAUCAUCCAUCUUGGAGCUUGGUCCACUGUACUACCUCUACAUGUCGCUCCUCUCGACCUUCUGCACCAACAGCAUCAACAUUCUCGCCGGGAUCAACGGCGUCGAAGUAGGUCAAGCGCUGGUCAUCUCGAUCUCGCUCUGCAUCAACGAUCUGCUGUACCUCGACUCGCGCGCGGGCAUGGCGGGUUCGCGCUCGAGCAAGGAGCUGCUCCGACGCCAUCUGUUGAGUCUCUACCUCCUGCUGCCGCUGACGGGGGUGUGCAUGGCCCUGCUGUCGUGGAAUCGCUACCCGGCGCGGGUGUUUGUCGGCGACACCUUCUGCUACUUUGCCGGCAUGGUCUUUUCCACUGUCGGCAUCCUGGGUCAUUUCAGCAAGACGGUGCUGCUCUUCUUUGUGCCGCAGAUCUUCAACUUCGUGCUGAGCUGUCCGCAGCUGUUUGGCCUCGUGCCCAACCCACGGCAUCGAGUGCCGAGGUUCCACGCGGAGAGCAAGUGCUUGUAUCCUUCGAUUCAGUACUUUGGCUCGGGUAACGCUGCCGAGGACGAGAAGCUUCCGAAUACAUCGUUGAAAGCGCUUCGCCCGGCAAGCAUGCUGUCGACGAUAGUGCUCAAGCUUCUUUCCGCAGUGCGGCUGGUACAGCUCGACUACUAUGACGAGCCAAAACGCAGGAUCAAGAGCACGACGAAUCUCACCAUCCUCAACGCCAUCCUCGUCUUCCGAGGCGUGCGUCACCUGCCCAGCGCCAAGGCCGGACAGACGCCAUUCACAGGUCCGCAUAUCACUGAGUAUGGACUCUGGGUCCACACGAUGAUCAUCCAGAUUGCCGGUUCAUGUCUGGCAUUCGCGAUCCGAUACUGGGUCGCCUCAGUAGUCUUCCCUUGA